AUGUUGGUCGCAACAACGUCUUCUCGCUUGCCCAGAUUGACAGCAUCUGGGCUGAGGCAUCGGCGUCUGCCACUCCAGAAAUUUGGAAAGCAUGCUAUAAACACAGAAAAACGAAUUCUGGAGGAUUACAGAAGGGAAGUGAGCGAUGAUACAGAGGAUGGUUAUCAGAUUCAUAUAAUCUGUGAUGAUGAGGAUGAGGAGGAGAGUGUGGAUCUGACCAACUUGGAGAUAUUAGAGUUGAAGAUGGAUGAGUCGAGAAAGCCAGCAAAUGUGCGUAAAUCGCUGAUAGAUCUGUUCGAGUCUCAAAUGGAUAUUGAUGACUCCAUAGAUACUGGACUGAUUGGGCCUUCCGAAGACAUUGAGCCUUCAUCGAGUGUUGUCAUGGUUGAAGAAACCACUCUGAAUGUCAACAACGAACAAGAGAGAGUAACAUUGAUCCUCACACCCCCUUGUUCGUCCCCCGAGACUCCACUCUGUUCAUUAUCCGAGACUCCACCCUGUUCAUUGCCUGAGACUCCACCGUCUUCAUCACCUAAGACGUGGUUGCAACAUAGUGACGAGACAAUUAUUUCGAAUGAUGGUGAGGUGGUACGAGUAACAGACUUGAAAAGAUUAUUGCCGGGAUCAUGGUUGAACGAUAUUAUUAUAAACAAGUAUCUGAGUCUCAUCGCGAGAAGAAGCGAGGGCUCUGUACAUGUUUUCAAUACGUUCUUCUACCAGAAUCUUCUGCGUUCAUACAACCAUGUUGCUCGAUGGACGAAUAAUGUCGACAUCUUUUCUAAGGAUAUGUUACUCAUACCAAUCCAUUUGGGAGCUCAUUGUUGUCCGUGUGUCGUCUGCCUCAAAGAGAAGUUGAUCAAGCAUUAUGAUAGCCUGGACAAUCUUGCUCAAGCCUCCACGAAUGAUAUUCCUCAUCAAAACAACCCUUACGAUUGCGGGGUAUUUGUUUGUGUCUAUGUGUGA